AUGGCUCGGUGUGACGAGAAGAAGGAGCCAGCAGUCCCGUCGUGCGGUACUCUGAGCGACUCGUCGGCUUUCGACACAGUGGAAAGCGGCCAGACGGCACCCGAUUCGCUUAUGCCACUUCGGGCAAACGGUGGCCUUGCCUGCUCGAGCCUUGGCAUUCCCCUGUGGCCUUUGGUUGCCCUGGUCAGUCUUGUGACGAGCGCCGCAUGCCAGCAGGAGCGUCACUCCCGAGGCCGACCGCGCAAGUUCAUCAGCUAUUAUGGCCACCGGGAGGUACAGGAGGGAGAAAAUGUCAUCAUCUACUGCUUUGCCGAUCCGAAGGCCGAGAUCUCGUGGACAAAGGACGGUUCGCCGUUGCGCCACUGGUCCGCCUGGCAUGGUUACUCCGUGUCGGAUUACAACGUCCAGGACUUCAAGAUAUCCAGGCUGGAGGUGCAGGCUGCCGACGCGGACUUCUCGGGCGGCUACAGCUGCUCGAGAGAGUCUCUCGCCAAACACUUCGUCCAGGUCACGGCGAUGCAGGACUCGAGUGGAGCGCAAACAGACUGUCACGUCCUUGUGAGUGACCAUCACUAAGACAGACCGGACGAAUUUGCAUGU